AAACUGGUGAAAUUAAAAGGAAAAUAACUUUAUAAUACAAACAACUGGAUAAAUAUGAUCAUUACAUUUAUUUCUUCAUUUUACUUUUCAUGAUGAGGGGAGGCCUCACCUGCCUCCCCUCACCGCACGUCACUGACUGUAAACUCAUAGGCAAGUACUGUGUUUGAUGAGCGGGACAUUUAACCUUUGAUUGAAGUGAAAAAUGAACGUAAAAUUGAAAAUAAAUGUUAAGAGUUUUUAGUUGUUUAUUUUAGUAAUUUUUAAAUUGAACGACCUUUAUACAUCGUAUAUUUUCAAUGGAUUUAAGAUAUUAAUAAAUGAUAAAAGUGUUCCUGUGCAGCACAUUUCCGUCAGUAUGAGAAGUUGCAAAACAAAGGGAUUUAUAAUAUUAUAUUUAAUUAUAAUAAUAACUACUUUACUACACAUACUGAAUGUUGUGAAAUAUUUGAUCUCAAAUGUUUUAUUGACACAUUCUUAUUGAAGCCAUGGGAGGCAGUGAAUCAAAGCCUCCCCCACCUUCACCUCCACCUUCUCCAAAACUUCUGCCUCAAGAAUGGAGGAAGGGGCCUUGGGGAAACAAAGAGAGAGAGUUGCAGAUUGUGAAGGACUACCAGCCUUUUACCGAGGAUGUCCAGCUCAGGUUUAUGCUUUACGGAGCUGUUGGUGCUGGCAAGUCCAGCUUCAUCAACUCUGUGGAAAGUGUUUUACGAGGUGAAAUAUGUAAUCGUGCUGGCGUAGAUGCGAUGGUUCGUGAAAGCUACACCACAAGCUACAAAGCCUACAAAAUCCAAAAAGGAGGACCAAGGACAUAUUACCCUUUUGUCUUCAAUGACAUCAUGGGCCUUGAGAAGGAUACAAGUAAAGGAGUUCGUGUGGAAGACAUCAAACUGGCCAUGAGGGGACACAUGCAGGAUGGUUACAAGUUCAAUCCUAUCUCAACCUUGUCUGAGGAUAACCAACACUACAAAAGAGACCCCUCUCUAAAUGACAGAGUUCAUGUUCUGGUCUGCGUCAUCCCUGGCAGCAUAGCAGGGUUGGAGGAUGAUUCUGUGAAGAAGUUGAGGGAAGUCAGACUUGCAGCCAGGGACAUGGGGAUUCCGGAAAUUGCUAUUCUCACCAAAAUUGAUGAAACCUGUCCAGAAGUCGGCAAGGAUAUAAUGAACGUGUAUAAAAGCAAGUACCUGAAGAAAAAGAUUGAGGAGGUGUGUGGCACGCUGGGAUUUCCACCAAGCAGCAUCUUUCCUGUGAAGAACUACCACUCAGAGAUCGACACAAAUGACGACGUUGAUACACUGAUACUGAGCGCACUGAGACGGAUGAUUAAAUCUGGAGAAGACUUUGUCAACGACCUGUAAAACUACAGACUGCUGAGAUCUUGUUGUUAAAACAACAUGUAAAAAGGUCCUGGGAACACGAAUAAUAUUUACUUAAAGGGGGCAAUGUGGGUUGUAGGUUUUUAUUUGCCGCCUGUAAUGCGUCAUAUCUAUUCUACAAAAUAUGGUAUCUCUACCUGAGUGAGUAAAUCUAUGAAAAUGCUUUACUUUUUCCAUUAUGAGUUCAGAUAGCUAGUGUGCUACAUAGUACGGCGGCAGGUACUUCCACUUUGCUCUCGGAGAAACGAAAAUAGGAAUCUGCCCGAAAAUAGUGCCCUCAGCAUCUGUAUAGAAUUAUUUUGGAUCUAUGGCUAGUCCAAAACGGCUAAAUAUUUUGAACUGGGGCAAACUGGAAGGUUUUUCCAGCUGCUUUUCAACAGGAAGCUUUCAUUUCAAAUGUGACAUACUCGACCUGCAUCAGAUGUACAUUGUUUCAAAACAAAAGACAAACAACGAAAACCAAAAGGAUGUUAAAGCAUAUCAAGCUGUGUCAUCACACAAAACACUACAAUGUAGAUAACACCAAACAGGUUUCAAGAAGAAAAUGAAAUUGAGCAGCGGUUGCAAAACAGUUUUUACCUGUCGAGUUGAAAGGCAUUUGGGUGAGAGGCACACGAGUGAGGUGUAGUACAGUUAUAUGGAUGUAUAGUAGUUACUCUAUGUAUGUUAUUAUUCUUCUUUAUCUCAAACCCGUAAUGCAUUGGAAAAUAAUAAAUACUUAUAAUCUCUUCACAACCUGAGAAAUGCAUGAUUAAAUGAAAGGUAAUGUGAAAUAUUUGUUGAAUGUAGCCUGAUCACACGGGAGAGAACAGGACACAGAAUGCAUUAUCAGGUCUUUUUUUUCCCCUGACUACCCUCAAAGAGAACAGCAUUAACACUCAGGUUUUUCCUUUGUGUAAAAGAAAGAGGAUAAGUUAAAUAGUGUAUUUCACCUUCAAUGACUGUUAGAUGUAAGGUGCAGCAGACAUGAACAGACUUACACAGUUGCACUGAAAUUAUAGAUGAACUAAAUAUUUCAAGUCUGUUUUAAAACUCCAUAGACUUAUUUAAAGGUCUUAAGAUGACACUAAACUGUCACUAGCAAGGCAGCAGUACGCUUGAUCAAGUAUAUACUGUAAACUCAUAAGCAAGUACUGUUUUGAUGAGCGGGACAUUUAACCUUUGAUUGAAGUGAAAAAUGAAAAUAACAUUUCUUUUUUACAGUUUUUAGUUGUUUAUUUUAGUACUUUUUGAAUUGAACAAACUUUAUUCAUUGUAUAUUGUCUGAAGUAACAAUUCAACAGACUUUAAGAUAUUAAUAAAUGAUAUAAAGCUUU